GUGCCAAUUGUGACUCCCGUAUCGUCUUUUUGUCACAGCCGUGUGUUGUGCAUGUUCCACCGUUGUUCUUGACGACGACAAGCUCUUUGGCUGCAUUAUUUCUGUUUCACCCGAAUGUCUAUAUGGCUGCCUCGCGCCAAGCCGUCUCUCGUUCCCCGCUUUGCUGGUUACCGACCACCAACACCAUAUGCGACGCGUAUAAUCCUCGCCUCUAGAUCGCCUCACAUAUCUUUACAGCUUAACUUGCUCUCGUCUCGUCUGCAGAGCACACAGUCAAGCGAUGGCUCUCGACUUACCUCUACUCCCACCUCUACACAGCGCGGUGUACCAUCCUCUGAUGGGAAGCCUACGACAGCCGCACCUCCGCCUUCACCCAAAGAGGUCUCCACCGUUCAAGCUCCAUUAAUGACUCGAGUAUGGAAGAAGGUGAAGCAUGAAGCAGCACACUAUUGGCAUGGUACCAAACUACUGGUUUCGGAAGUCAGAAUCUCAGGUCGGCUUCAAUGGAAGAUCCUUCACGGAGAUGCUUUGACUCGCAGAGAAAGGCGUCAGCUCAAACGGACAACGCAAGACUUGCUACGACUCAUCCCUUUCGCCGUCUUUGUGAUUGUACCCUUCAUGGAAUUCCUUCUUCCGGUCGCUCUGAAGCUCUUCCCUAACAUGCUUCCCUCUACCUUCGAAGACCAAUUCGCGGCAGAAGAGAAACAACGGAAAAUUCUUCGGGUUCGUUUGGAAAUGGCCAAGUUCUUGCAGGAAACUCUUCGUGAAUCAGGUCUCAAAGCAAACGCACACAUCGUCGGCAGCGAGGCAUUCAAAGAAUUCUUCCGCAAAGUCCGUUCAACUGGUGAAAUCCCCUCGGCUCAAGACGUCAUCAAUGUUGCCCGUCUUUUUGAUGACGACUUGACUCUGGAUAACUUGUCUCGUCCGCAAUUGGUCUCCAUGUGUCGAUACAUGGGGAUCAAUGCAUUCGGUACCGAUAACUUCCUCCGUGGCACAAUUCGACAACGUCUGAUGCAUAUCCGCCGUGACGACCAACUUAUUGACUUGGAACGUGUUGACACUCUCAGCACUUCUGAGCUCCAGGCUGCCUGUCAAAGUCGAGGAAUCAGAACUACUGGUAUAAGUCCCGCCCGUCUUCGGGAGGAGUUGACAACAUGGAUCGACCUUCACCUGCACAAUCGUGUCAGCGGCGUUCUCUUAAUCUUGGCUCGUGCAUUCCAAUUCGACCAAAAGCUUCACGACGGCGAGGAUGGAAAGUCUUCUAUCAUUUCGUCUCUGGAGAGUGUCUUGAGUGGUCUGCCGGAUAACUUGCUCAACGAAGCCACACUGGAAGUCGAUUCCGAGAAAGCAAGCUAUAAGCAAAAGUUGGAGGUGUUGAAGCAACAGGAAGAGCUUAUCGAGGACGAGAAGGAACAGGAAGAAAAAGCCGAGGAUGCUAUUCGGGCGCGGAAAGAGGAAGAAGCUCGACUUGCCCAAUCACUUUUGCCUGAAUCAGAACUUCGUCUUGAUCAGGAGGAAAGUGAUGCUCGUAUGACUACUGAGCAACUCAAGGAACUCUCAGAGGCUUUAUCCAUUCUCUCGGCCAAGUCUAGCGUUCUUAAAGAGCGCGACGAACUGCGUGCUCUCAUGGAAGAAAAUCUUCAAGCUGAGGAGGAUCCAAAGUCACCCUCAGGCGCUUUGACCAAGCGUAUUCGGAGCAUGCUCACCAAAGUCGACGGACAACUGCAGGAAUACGACACUCGGGUUGGUUCUUCCCUCCAGAUGAUCUCAUGCGACCCUCAAGGUCGUAUUUCGGUCGAAGACUUGGAGAAGGCGUUGGCCGUCAUCAAACACAAGCCGGAUGAAGAUGUCAGUCAUAGGGUCAUCGAAAAAUUAGAUGUCGACAAGGAUGGUUAUGUCGAGCUGGAACAUGUUCUCGGAUUAGUACGGCAGGAGGGACUUGGUAUCUUACUAGAUGACGAAGCACAGUCACUUAUUGGGCAAGGGAAGGAGAUCAAGGCUAGCAAACCACGCAAGGAAGAUAUAGUUCAAGAAUAAUUCAAUUCGAUAUUAUUAUCACUCUACUGCUGUGUAUCCAUCUUAUUCACUUUUUAUCACCGACUUAAGAUAUUCAUUUACUCACAAUCCAACCUAUGGGGACAUGGCAUCGCAUUUUGACUAAACAUCCCAAAGCAACGCUCAAUGCUACUGCCUUCAAUUUGUCGGUCAUUCUCAAAGAGCCAGAAACAUUUUAGACGGGCGGAUAAGAAGGGGCUGUUUCUUAGAAUGGCUGAGGUGUACUCAGUUCCAAUUGUAAUCGAUGUUUCUCCUG